AUGUAUGAAGUUCUUUUUGACGUUAGACCUUUUGGAGAUAUUGAUGAAGAUACUUUGGCGGGAAGAAUUUGCGAAGGAGAGCGAGCGAAAACUCAAAAUAUGCCCCCUUCAAUAAUUGAAUUAAUAGAAUGUUGUUGGGAUGCCGAUCCGUCAAAACGACCGUCCGCAGAAGACCUGUGCAAGAUUUUAAAUGCAUGGAAAAAUUAUGUUUACGAUACCCAACUUCAUAGAGAAAUUAAAGCAUUCGAACUUGUAAAGAAAAAUAAAAAAGAAGCAAAUCUCUAUACAGAUCAAGAUAUUAGCACAACUUCUAUUCUUAGUACAAGCCAACUUCUAUUGACUCGUAAAAGCAAACUUAUUGAUAUUAAGAUUCCCAAAA